AUGAGAAUUCCCUACUUCCUAUUCCAAAUUUGCUAAAUACUUAUUUUUUUAUUAGUCUAAAAUAAAGCUUAGCUUACUUAUAAAUAAUCUGAUAGAGCUUAGAUAAUGUACGUUUAAGCUCUCUCAAGUACUCUCUCAGCAUAUGAUUAAACAACUGCCACUUUUAAUUUUCCUCAGCCAUUUUAAAAUACUCCAAAAGUUAUUCUGAAUGUUUAAAGCUACUAUACCUACAUUAAUUUCCCUUAAUCAUAUAAAUUAUAAGUAUAAACAGUUACUUUAACAUCAGUAACAGUUAAAGUUGAAUCUUUUGGAACAGAUAUAUACGAACUAAAUAUAGGAAUACUUGCGGUGGAUUAUCCUAAUGCGUUAGUAUUUACAAAAUCUUUAACUUCAGGAUAGUCAGUAGUUCAUAAAGUCGAUUAGAAAAUUUAAUCUUAUAUAACUUUUUUUACUUCUUUUUAAGCUAACUCUUGCAUUUAACUAGAAUUUAACUUAGAUUCUACUUAAUAAGAUGAUUAAAGCAUUUCAGUUCAAGCUAGCAACUUUUCUUGUUUGAGCUCUCUCGAUUACAAUAUUUUAGUAAUUUACUACGAUAUUACCAAUUUUCCUGAUAUGCCCUUUUAUUCAUACAAAUCUUCUAUAUUCUCAGAUAAUAUAAGCUCAGAAAAUUAUGUUAAAACAAAUCUAUAAUCUCCAGAUACAGGUUUCUAUGGGCUUAAAGAUAUGAAAAUAGGGUCUUUGCUUAAGUUUGGAAUUUUUUUUUAUCCUUCAAAUCAAAGUUAACCUAUUCAAAAUGGUAGUUAUGUGUUUCAUACUAGUAGAGGAAGCUAUAUAGUUUAUUACGCAAAUUCGUAAGUUUUUGAUCUAUAAAAACUAUAAUGCCCACCAGAUUAAUAUUUAUAUAAAUAAAGCUGUAUUAUUUCACCUUAUAAUGGUAUUUACUGUUAAAAUAAUCCUAAUGUCUGUUUUGAUUGUGAUUCUAAUUGCUUAACUUGCUAAAAUUCAGCUACUUAUUGCCUAAAAUGUCUCUCUCCCUUAUAUUUUUAUAAUAAUAAAUGCUUCAACAGCAUAUAACCUGGUACAUUUUGUGAUGUAAAUUAUAUUUGUCAAACUUGCAAUCUAUCAUCUUGUAGUACUUGUAUUGGUGAUGCAAAUUUUUGUACCUCAUGUAUAAGUGGAUAUUAUUUCUAUAAUAAUAAAUGUACUUAAAACUAACCUAAUUAAACGUACUGUAAGUAUAGCGCUUCUUUAAAAUAUUAUGAAUGCUUUCCUUGUGAUAGCAAAUGUAAUAAAUGUUCUGGUCCAUUCUAUAACUAGUGUAGUGAAUGUAUAAAUCAAGUUUACUUCUAUAGUCAGUCUUGUACUAUUGACUAACCUCAAUAAACAAUAUGCACAAAUUACAUAUGUUAGCCUUGUUUUAGUUUAUGUUAAACAUGCUCUGGAGUAAAUUAAAACUAGUGCUUGACUUGUAUAAACAAUUAUUCUCUUAAUUCAAAUACUAAUUAAUGUGAAAUCUCUUCAUGCUAAGAUGGAUAUUUUCCAGAUAAAAAUUUAAACACUUGCUUAAAAUGUUAACUUGGAUGCAGUAAAUGCAGUUCCUAUUCAGUUUGCUCUGAGUGCGCUUCUAUUAAAGAUAGUUAAGGAAUAAUUUAAACAUAUAUUUUGGAUACUUAGCAUUAAUCUUGUUAUCUAAAUUGUCCAAAUGGUAAAUAUUUUGAUUUAUAAACUAGAUAAUGCACUUCUUGCGAUAAAUCCUGCUUAACUUGUAAUGGCAAAACUAAUUAAAAUUGUCUCUCAUGCAUUAAUGGAGCUUAAGUCAACAGCUAAGGAAUGUGUAAAUGCAUAAAUAAAAAUGUAGGCUUUUCAUCUGAUUUUACUUAAUGCAUUCCUUGCUAAAUAAAUUAUUGUAGUUAAUGUUUUUACAGUAAUACUUGUGAAGUAUGUUAAUAAUAUGCUUUAUUUGACCCAAAGUAAAAUUAAUGCGUAUGUAUGAGUGGGUAUUUUUAUUCAAGUUCAUAUUAAAAAUGCAUUAAAUGUAUUUAAACAAGCUGCUAAAAUUGUCUAUCAGAUGGAAAAACUUGUACAAAAUGUCAAAGCGGUUUUCUCUUGUCAAAAUACUCAACAUGCGUUUAUUGUAAUAAUUAUUAGUAUUCAAGUGAUGGUAAAAGCUGUGAUUCUAAAUGCCCAAAUCUUUGUGAGGUAUGUGUUAAUGGGAAGUAGUGUGUAUAAUAUUCUAGAGACGAACCAGAUGUAAUACCUAAUUAAUUAUGCCAUUAUUCAUGCUCUGGUUGUUCAGGAUUAACUAAAUUCGAUUGCCUUGACUGUUCUUCUAAAACUCGUUUAUAUAAUAAUAUAUCAAAGAAGUGUGAGUGUAUUUAAGGGUAUUUAGAAUCUAAUUAAAAAGACUGUGCAAAAAUUUAAUAAGUUGAACCUUUUAUUUAAAACAUGUCAUAAAAAAUAAAUCAUAGUUUUUACUUUGCUUAAUCUGCCCUAAUUUUUUUUAGUUUUAGUCCAUCUCUAACUUACUCUUAUUAGCUAUAAUAAUUUAUUGGAAAUAUAUACUAUAUAAAUAAUAAAGAUAAAAAUUCAAAAAACUUGUUUUCUUAAUAUACUAAAUAUAACUUAAAUAAUAUCUAUAGCUUUAAAAAAUCCUCAUAAUCACCUUCUAAUGAAGCUUAAUAAAACUCAAGGCAUUUGAGAGAAAGCCAUGUAAAGGAUAUUAAUGAUUAAGAAUAUUUAAGUUCUGAUAUAGAGAUAAUUACAUUAAGAGAUAAUUAAAAAAAAAUUAGUGAAUAAUUAAUAAUUAAAAGUAACCUUGAUAAUUAAUCUUAAAUGAAGGAUUAAAUCUAAAUUCGGAAUUUAUAAGAAAAUAAUAAUAAUUAAUUCCCAAUAGUUAGUUAAUAAGAAGAUUAACUAGAAGUCUUAAUGUAAUCUAAAUUUUUCAAUGCAAGCAUAAUACCUCUGUUAACCACUCUAACUUUAUUUUUUCUAUCUCUUUUAAUACACAUUUACCAAUAUAAAGCAAAAAGGCAAAUAAAAUUUUCUCAUAUAUUAAGAUGGAAUAGUGUUUUAUUUAUGAUACAAAUCAAUUCUAAUUAUUUAUUAAUGUCAUCUUUUAAUAUUGAAUUAUAGUAUUAAGAUACCUUAGACAUUAUAAUGCUUAUUAUAUUUGGUGCUUUUUACAGCUUGCUAUUAGUGUUAAUUACAAUUAAAAUAUACAAAGGAAAUUAUUAUGGAAAAUCCUUUUUUUUGAUUAACUAUUUUUACUCGGAUUAAAAUAUCUAUUCAAAAUACUACUUUGUAUUAAUGUAAAUAAAGCAAAUAAUAAUUUGCAUGAUUUUCUCCUUUUCUAAAACACGCUUUGCUUAUUCUAUUUGGUCAAUUGUGGCUAUUCAAAUAGCAGAUAUAGUUAUCAAAUUCAUCAAAAAACCUUUUAAAUAUUUAUUUGAUUUUUACACAACUCUUCUUUUAGAUGGAAUAUUUUGCAUAUUAAUGCUUUUGUUUGGAAUAGUUCUAAAUACAUAAAAUGAAAGCUCUAAGGUCUCAUGUUAUACAAUUAUAUUUAUACUUCUUAUGCUUACCACAUUUACUAAUAUCGUAGUAAUUAUAUAUAAAGUGACAAUUUUAAUAAUAAAUAGAAGAAAGGCUAAUAAAAUGGAAAAUCUAAAGUAACAAAAUUAUAAAAAUGAAUAAUCUCAAAUAAAAAAAACGCUAAAUAGGCUUAAUUUAAAAAAAAAAUCGUUCGAUUAACUAGAAAUGUCUUUUAAAGUAGUUAAAUGGUAAAAAAAUCCAUUAACUAAAAGCAGAUUAUCUUCAUAAAACUAUUCUUUAGAAUAAUCUUUAAGUUCGUGA